GCCCACCCCUAAACCAAACUGCACCUAAAAUCACUAAUCCUAGCUCUCCGCCAGUCCGCCUCCCCGGCGAUUCCUCCUCUCCUGCGAGCAGCAGCCAACGACGACGACCACGACGACGGAAGACUCCGCGUCUUCUGCGACAGCCGCCGACGAGGGCUCCGCCUUCCCUGCGCGUCCGGUCACUUCAAAUUCAAGGUACUAUGAUCUAAAGAUUGGUACUGAAGCUGAAGCUGUGAAGGGAUCUACCUAUUGAGGCAUACGAAAAGAAGACAACUCCAAAGUGGCGUUAUGGCCUUGGUCGAAAGAGAAAUUUCGAACAGAGACUUGGGUCUCUAAUAAAGGAUUUUUUCUACAAAUCUACAAUCUGGAAAAAGUGGGGACUCUUUGUUGAUUAGUAGGUCAUUCGUUUAAACCUGAGAAUUCUCAACAACAAGAGGCAGCGGAUAAGAACUAUAAUAAAUAAUUAUUAUAUUAGCCACUUCACGUUCAUUGAGAGCCCAUCCCAGCCAGUCGGCCACUUCCCAUCCGUCACCACCGCCAAACCCAAUCUAUUGGAGUAGAACAUUGGAAGGGGAUUCCAAUGCCCGAAGUGGAGCGCACUGCUAAUAAGCAAUGUCAGUAGAACAUGACACCAUUUACUCUCUCCCUUGAUCUGAAGCGGACUAUACAAAGCUUGAUGAUAUUGACCAGCUGCCCUCUACUCUCUCACCAUCGAUCCUCCUCCUGUUUUCGCUCUUUUCCUCAGCUUGCAUCUUCUUCUCACUUGGCUUUCCCCACUUCUUCCCCUACACCCUAUAUGGAAUCAGAAUCAUCGGCGCCUUUACUUUUGGUGUUAUGCGGGAAAUCUGCAGUUGAGAAUGAACUGGCCAAGUCACUAAAGAAUAACAAUGCUAUGAAACUCCUUGGGGAUGAUGAAGUCGAAGUUGUUUUGCAUCCGGAGGUCGAAGAUAGCCUCGGAAACGGAGGGUUUCGCAUUAGAGAUUACUUUAAUUCCCUUUUGACGAUGAGCCUCGGGAGGUUCCUUGUUUACUCUCCUAGAUUGCCUUCAACACAAGACGUCGUUGCACGAAAUUUCUGUGAGCUGCCAGUUGGUGCAGUGUGUGUUGCUGAUGUGCAAUUCAAGGGGCGAGGUCGUUCAAUGAAUGUGUGGGAAUCACCAAAGGGUUCCCUUCUAUUUUCCUUUACCUUACAAAUGGAAGAUGGACGAAUGGUGCCACAUGUUCAGUAUGUAGUCAGUCUUGCUAUGACAGAUGCUAUUAAUGAUCUCUGCAAGCAAUAUGGUAUACCACAUAUUGAUGUAAGAAUAAAAUGGCCGAAUGAUUUAUAUUUAGGUGGCCUUAAGGUUGGUGGCAUUUUGUGCACUUCAACAUAUAAGUCACAGAAGUUUAAUAUCAGUGCUGGAAUAGGCAUAAAUGUAGAUAAUGAAAAGCCCACAACAUGCUUGAAUGCUGUUCUGCAGAAAUCAACUUCUGUUCCAAACAUAUUUAAACGGGAAGAUAUUAUGGCUGCCUUUUUCAAUAAGUUUGAGACCUUCAUUGAUGUUUUCUUUAAUCAAGGAUUUCAGCCUCUUGAGGAGUUGUACUACAAGACAUGGCUCCACAGUGGACAGCGAGUUAUUGUACAGGAGAAAACUGAAAACCAAGAUCCGUUUGUAGAGAAUGUAGUGACCAUUCAGGGCUUAUCAUCCUCAGGUUACUUAUUAGCAAUAACUGAUGAUGGUCAAACAUGUGAACUUCAUCCCGAUGGCAACAGUUUUGACUUCUUCAAUGGACUUGUGAGAAGGAAAUUAAGUCAGUAAAGAUCUUCCCUGUGUCCAUGAAAGUUUUAUAAUUCGCUCAAGAGUGGAAACAAACAUUCAAUAUUUGUAUUUGAGGAUGUAAAUAACGAUAAUUCAGUGGCUCAGCAAACAUGGUCAAAUGUCGGUAUGUAUAAAGAAUUUGUUUACUUUGAGCAUAAUUUUUGAACUGUGUUGUUAAGUUUUGAACCUUGGUCU